AAUCAUUAGCUUCCCUUCUAGCCGCCGGUCCGGUCAAGAUGGCGAAGGCACUCGCAAAGACCCCUGCUUGGUGGUAGUGCCGGUGUUCUCCCCCGCCCCCACCUCCCGGGAAAGAUGUGAAGGGAGAAGAAAGAGAAAGAGCGCGCGGCGGGAGGGGGAGGCCCCGGCUGAGGGACGAUGCUGAGUCGGCGGAGGAAGCUCAGGGAAUCGCCCGGCCCCAACGGGCCGCCGCCUCCGCCGACUCCACCGACCCCCUUGGCCGGGGACGAGGAGAGGCCGCUCGGUGGCCCCGGGCGGCGGCUGCGGGGCCGGCGGAGGGCGCUGAGAGAAGUGGCCCAAGCUUCGGAGAGCUGCGCUCCUGUCAGUAAAAGUGCCGAGGAAAUGUGCUUGGAUAAAACCCCAAAGAGAUUGUUGCAAUCCAGUUUUCGAUCACCUAUCUUCAGUUCCCCUUGUAAUGAUACUGAUGGACAGCAAGAAAUAUUUUGGGAUCCAAAUUCUCCAACAACCUGUCAAUUAGGUGAAAGAAGAAAUAAACAGCUUGACAGGAGAUGUAGUGUUGCAAUUUCAGAUAUUGUUAACCGUAUUGCUCCUCAGGGUGAAAAACCAACAACAGACUCCCUUCUAGACAUGUGGAUUGGUGAAGGUGCAAUUCCAUGUACUCCUGGUAUAACAAAAAUAAAAUCUAGAACAAGAAAUGGCUAUAUAAAGUUUAAAGCACAAAGUAGUGAAGAAGAACUUAUAAAAUUGGCUAAACAAUUUGAUAAAAACAUGGUGGAGCUAGAUGUAAGGCAGGAACAAAACACUGACACUCAUGAUUUUGUCCAGACAAUUUCAGAAGCACAGACUUUAAAUAAUUGUAAAGAUGAUCCACAGAUACAAGCUCUGCAGUCAGUCUCUGAUGAAGUUUCUGAAGCAAAUAUUGCUGUGACAGUAAAAGGGAACUCCAGUAUCUCUGAGGAAGAACAUCAUAAGAAAAACAGUCUGACUAACUUUGACCCACAUGCUGAAGCAGCCCUUACUGCUCUUUUUGAUGGUUCGACUCAGAAAUGUAGUGGACAGUUAAGUCAAGGUCUGUUAAAUGCUUCUUUUACUACCAGUAAUGGCAAGAAUAACACUUUGAAAGAGGAGAUAGACAAUUCUACUGAAACUGUGGUCACUGAGAAACACGUGAAUAAAAUUGCAUGCCAACAAAAUCUGACCCCAGUAAUGGUUACUUCUGCAUCAGACUCCCUUGUAAUGGCAAAGUCAAGUGUAACUUCCUCUUUUGCAAAGUCAGAGAUUAAGCCUAGGGAGAUAGAUACUGGGGUUGAUUUUGAUGAUGAUGAUGACUGGGAACACAUGCUAACUGAUGACUCUUUUGUUAUGCAAAUUACUCAAGCCCCUGAACUUUUAACUACUUCUGAUAUUUCUCAGCCAACUGUUCAGAAAUAUACUUGUAUGCUUACUGCCGGUAAAAAUGAUAAAGCCAAGGUAGGAAUAAAUGAAGAUUUGACUAUUGGUAAAAGUCUUUCAAAAAAUUUGCAAGAUCUUCCUCCAGACACAAAUAACAAAUAUAUCCCUGAUCCUACCAAAGCUCUGUUUCCUCUGAAGCCAAAUAAUGAGCCUAUGCAAUUGGUACCUACUGAGAAUGAAGUGGAAUAUAAGAGGAAUUUCAGUAAGACAAGUUUUCCCCCCAAAAUUCCUGGUUAUCCUGAGCUUUCAGUUGCAUCUAAUGUCCAAAAGACAAAGGAGAUUAUUUACCCUAAAUUUGGAUCAAAUAUGAAAGCUUCUGCAAAGGAGUCUACUUUGGUCACAAGACAUACCAGUCUUCAGUUAGAAACUGGGCAAGAUGGCAAAAAUUUGCCCAACUGUUAUCAGCCAUUUAAUGUGUCUGUUACAAGAAAUCCUAAUAACUCUACAAAAAUAUCUAAUGAAACCAAUUUUUGUAACUUAAAUCAGAAGGAUGCACCAAAGCAGUGUUCUUUAUUUGAUGACUGGAGUGAUCCUAAGCUUGCUAGUGAAGUUAUUGAAGCAUGUCAUGAAUUAGAGAAGUCUUGGGAUGCAGAUGAUGAUGAUGAUUUGCUUUACCAAGCAUGUGACCAUGUAGAAAAACUGACCCAGCAGCAAGACUUGAAAAAAGACAGCCAAGGGUCUGAAAAUAAACAAAAGGUUAAUUAUAAUUCCCAUUUGGGGAUGGAAACUAAAUCAAUUAUGUCUGAGAAAGGACAUCAGUUGCUGCAAUAUAAGCAUUUGAACAUAGAUAAUAUUUCUGCACAUGGAACAUCAUUGAGAGAAGUUGUACAAACAGACAAGUUAACUUGUAAAGAAAGUACAAAUUAUGGAAGUUCUGCUAAUUCUACAGGUACUAAAAAUCUGAGUAAAGACUACAAGUACCCAAAUUAUCAGAACAAUGAUCAACAUGUUUCUUCGAAUAAUUGCAAUGUUCCAGCAGGGGUGAACAAGUCCUCAGUUCUUACAGGAAAUUUAAGUUUGGGAGUAAGUUCAAGCUACACAUGUACAGAUGUUACUUCAAGAAAUUUACACAAUCAGAAUCUUUCUCAUAGUGUAGUAACAACCCAGACUGGUCACCAUGUUAACAAAACAUCAGUUCCAACAUCCUCUGGGUACUCUUUCAUAAAGAUUAAAAAUCCUCAGACUCUUCCUCAUUUUAGUCACAGUAGUAUACCAUCAGGAAGCAUAUCUGACACCAAAAUUUUACAGCAUUCGGAGAAAAGCAAAACUCAGUUUGAAAAUUUACUUGGUGAGGCUGUGCCACAGCAACUUUUGAAGAGACAAUUUUCUGAAUCCUGUAAACUACCUACAAAAGAGGAAGAAGAAAAAAAUAGAAAAUAUUCACCAGAAGAGAUUCAGAGAAAGAGACAAGAAGCUCUGAUUCGAAGAAUGUCUAAAGCACGGACAUCAUUUGUGAAUACAACACAUACCUAAUUUAAUAUCCUGAAUUAGAAAAAUCAGUUUGAGAGAAGAGACAUGUUAAAAGACUUUACAUUUACAUUUGAUAGCAAAUAUUGUGGUUUUUUUUUUGGUUUCUCUAUGAGAAAUUUGAUACUGAUUUAUAAAGCAUAGACUUCUAUUUUAUUAUUUAAUGUUUACAAUUGUAAACGAACUUUUCCUCCCAAAUAUAUUCAUACAGUAGUUAACAAAAGUUUUGCAAGGUCCAGAAAGGUUGCAAGAUUUAAAGUGUUCAUGUACAUCUUAAUUAUGUACUGUAAGUUUACGAGCAGAAUUGUUAAUAAUUUUAAAGCUGUGAUUGUGGAGAAUCAUCACUGAGAGAGGUGAAACUAAGUUUCAUGAAACAGGUAGCCUUUUUCCUAUUACAGAACUUGGGUCUUGACAAUAUGAUAACGGUCUGGUUUUCUGAUUUUUUUUUUGUUCAGUAUCUGAUUUGUUUAAUGUUUUUAAUAAGUUCGCAAAUUUUUAUACUACUUGUGUUGGGGAUGAUAGAAAUAAAAGAUUUAAUUCCAUUGUAUGUAAUUAAUAAAUAUUUUCCAUUUCAGACUUGAAA